AUGGAGAUGGAGCCAGCAAAGGUUCAAGAAGCAGGGAAAUCUCUAUUGAAAAUAAGCGUUUUCUUAAGUGAUUUCUUGUUGGAGUUUUGUCAAGAAACAACACAUCACAUCUUCACAGAAGAUGGUGAAUACGCUGUUCCCCCAUCGACACAGCUUCGUGACUUUCUUCUCAACAAUCUAAGUGUCACUCAUCAUCCUCUGGAACCAAACGGUGUUUUCGACUUCUUGGUAACCAUCUUGAAGCUUCUACCUCUCUGGAGAAGUGGAAAUGGCGAAGAAGAAGAAGAGUCUCUGAGUUCUAAAUUUGAAGUGUACGCAGUGGUGAAAAAGAUUUGUAACAGGUGCAGGUUGGUUACGGAAUAUCCGUCUGCAUUUGAGGAUUUGACGUUUGAGAAGAUCCUUAAGUUGGAGAGAAUCACUUUGAUGAUGCCUUGUGACAAGGAAGGUUGUGGAAAACGAAACUAUGUUGAACGUGUGAUCAAUAAACUUCCAUCUGUUUUCACAAUUGGUAAACACCCUAUCAAGUUUAUUUAUUUCGUUAUUACGAAGGAGAAGUUAGUUUUUGAGUUGUUUAUAGCUCUAGAGUGGGAGAACAAUGAGACUGAAGAAGAGAUACUUGCUACCACUUCUGUUCUCGCUACUGAAAUUGAUAUUAGUAAGAUAUACAAGUACCAAGGAGACAGUAUAUUCACUAAAUACCAACUUGUGUCAAUGGUUUGCUUGUGCGGAGAUCAAUACAGUUGCGUAGCAUAUGAAAACAAUAGAUGGAUCAGAUACUUUGCUUCUAAGAAAGAGGUUCUUGGAGACUGGGAUACUGUUGUCAGCGUUUUUUUAAAAGUGAAGGUUCAACCCGUGAUUCUAUUUUUUGAAAACGUUAUGGGGAGAGAUCAGAUUGUGUACGGGAGCUUGGGGAAUUUAUUUGAAGACUAUUGA